AUGGUGUCUGCACGUCUUGUUGAUUGUCCCGAUUCACCGGAAGAAGAAGACAUGCGUCCAAUUCCAGACAUGAUGUUUGCAGCUGGCGAGGAACCGGUAGGGGUUCGUGUUCUAACGUAUCAAUCAUCUAGCUCUUUAAAACGGAUUUUUAAUGCUUUAGAUGACGAGGAGGUUGAAAUUAUAAGGCGAUCUUCAUUUGGGAAAUUGAUCGAAAUCGCCGACAAACCUGUCUUUUCCGGUAGAUUCGCUCGAUAUAUGUUAUCAAGGCAGCUUAAAACGAAGAAGAAGCAUGAAACGUGGUUCCGAUUUGCGGGAAAACCGGUUAGGUUUUCACUCAGAGAAUUUGCGAUUGUGACGGGACUACCAUGUGGGAAAUUUCCCCCCAAGUCGAAGAUGAAGCUAAAGGAAACAAUAUCUGAGACACCGUAUUGGCCUUCUUUAUUCGGUAAAGUUGAGGUUGUCACCGUCUCUGCGGUCAUCAAGAUGCUAUACCGGAAAACUGUUAAGGACAGGGAAAUCCGUAUUAAAUACGCAUGCUUGGCAAUUCUUGAAUCCGUUCUUCUCCCAACAAGCCUGAAGAUGAAGAUUGCUAGAGAGCAUGCAGAAGCAAUUAAAGAUCUUGAAGCAUUUUUUUCGUUCCCUUGGGGAAGACUUGCGUUUGACAUGCUAAUGGCUAGUAUUAGAGAGAGAGAUGAGAUUGCGCUGUCUCAAAACACGAUUGCUGUGAAAGGAUUUGUUCUUGCUCUACAACUUGUUAUGGUUGAAGCUAUUCCGGCGUUGACAGAGGUUGUGCAAGAUACGUGUUCUUCGUCCGAAUCAGACAGCGAAGAUAUUGACGGUCAUGGGCGUGAUAUGUUUACUAAGAAACAAACUUUGAAUCCAGCACACGGCAGAAGUGUUGAUAAGAGAAGUGAUGUUAUCGUUCGUAGUGUCUUACCUGAAGACCCAUUCCGGCCUAUUGAGGGGGAAUACGUGGUUUAUUCCGACGAAGAGCAUGAUGAGCAAGUGGAGAACAUGUUACACCGCCUGAACUCAAACAGUAACUUCAGUACUUCAAUGUUUCGUGGUGGGGUUAGGAAGCAUGAUGUUGAUCGUAUGCGCGAAUCAUGUAAAUCAACCUCAAAGGCAAAGAGAGCAAAUAAUGUGCGUAUUACUGCUCAUGACCUUGAUCCAUGUUCCAUUGCUUCUCUUGUGAUAGACAAAAUCAAAUCUCAGUUUGAUGUGAUGGAGACGACCAUUAAGGUCGCAUGUUCCCGGGUUGAUGCUUUGGAAGGGAAUGUUGUUGGACAAGUGGAGUCUGUUUUAUCUAAGUUUAAAGAUGAAAUGCUUGCAUGUGUUAAGGAUAUGGUGUCUGCGUUGUGUAAAGAGCAAGUUGUUCAUCAUAAUGGGACACACCAUAUUCCUCCGCUUGGUGUGGGUGAAGUCUCUGUUCGGGCAAACCAUACCGAUCAAGAUCCUGAUGUCAAUGCCAAUACUAUCCGAAACGUGUUGUCUCACAUAAGUGCAUAUUCCACGCCGCCAAGAGCCACCAAAAGGAGCCAGGAUGAGAAUCGUACCCCAACAAAGGAAGUCGAUGUGGGUUAUGGAUAUGUUCCUGUUGAUCCAGUUUCUGAUACAUGUGCACCAUCAGCUCAUAGCGAGAAUUGUACUAGGCAAAAUGCGUUUCAGCAAAGUUUGGAAAACGGGGCAAAUCAUAGGCAACUUCUUAGGGAAACGGAUGAGCCGACCUUCUCGCUUGGUCUUACUCAAGAAGAGUAG